AUGGUUAAAUGUCCACCCAUCCUCAUCGCCCACUCAGCCGCAGCCGCAGUAACGCUCCUACGCUCCUUCCUCCCCGCGUAUACGCUCGAAGACAACAUAUGGCAUGACCUCUUCCUAGCAGCAACUAAGAUAGCACCUAGGCUACCUCUUCCAGCACAUAAAUGCCAGGCAUCGCUUACUCAGACUAACUACGACCCCAAUGGGAAGAGAAGACGAUUGCCUAGCGUAGCCAAAGACGACGCCAUCAAUGACACGGUCAGUGAGCCUGCUAUUGAGCCUACACGCGAGCAAGGGCGGUCACAGUACAUUACGCGCACUACCACCACCAACAACAACCAGAUGUCAGAGAGGCAGCGGCCGAGAAGACACGAAGUUGCAGAGGCAAAAGCGCCGCCGUCUAGGGAUGAGAUCGCCGAGCAGAUUGCACAUCGCUCUAUUAAUGUCGAUGACGCACCAGUCAUAUCUUGGAUCCUAGACCAGCCUAUGAAGGAUGGUGGCUACUUCCUCUCCACCGUGCGCCAUCCCUACGCCACUGCGGCAGCCAUGCUUCGGUGUGCACGCCAAUUCGGCAACCCCGGUGCGAAGAAAGUUGCGGCCUAA